CUUCUGUCUCCCCCUCCCUUCCAUCAAUCCCUCUCCGGGCUCACUGACCAUGGCUUCCCCAGCUAGGACUGCCAGGAGCGGCUUGCUGGAGCUGCGGAGCCCCGGGGAGCUCUGGAGCCGGAUCUUGCUUCUGCUGGGCGAGGAGACUCUGAGCUUCACCCCGGAGCCGGAGAGCGGGGCACCCGAGGAGAAAGCGGUGAAUGGGGGGGAUCCGGCUGGAGGGGUCCCGGACUCCAUCGUCAACCUGCGGAGGACUGUCAGGGUGGUGAAGCAGGAGGCUGGAGGUCUGGGGGUCAGCAUCAAGGGCGGAAGGGAAAACAAGAUGCCCAUCCUCAUCUCCAAGAUCUUCAAGGGAUUGGCUGCCGACUUGACGGGCGCUCUUUAUGUGGGGGACGCCAUUUUGUCCGUGAAUGGGGUCGACUUAAGCGACGCCACCCAUGAUGACGCCGUGCAAGCUCUGAAGAAGACCGGCAAAGAGGUGGUGCUGGAAGUAAAGUACAUGAAGGAGAUAUCCUCCUUUUUCAAAGGUCCUAACCUUGGUGGCCCAGGGAGCUGGGAUAAUGUACCGCCAGUCCUGCCACAGAAGAGGGGUUCACCAGCUCUGCCUUCCCGGGAUGUAAAGGAUGGGAAGAGCAUUCCGCUGAAGAUGUGUUAUGUUUCCCGCACCUUCUUGCCUGCUGACCCAGAGCUCAGAUAUCUCGAGAUUUGUUCUGCAGACGGUAGAGAUGUUCUCUUCCUUCGAGCAAAGGAUGCAGGGACAGCCCAGUCAUGGUUCAGUGCCAUUCACACUAAUGUCAGCGCUCUGAUGCCACGAGUCCGGGAAGAAAUCAAACAGAUCCUGGCCAAGGAGGUCAAACACAUGGGCUGGCUGACAGAACAGCUGCCACCAGAGGGAAAGAGGAACCUUGUGGCCAUUCUUACAGAGAAAGAUUUCCUCUUGUACAACAGCCUCCCGCACACCAGAGACGGGUUCAGUAAACCAGCAUUCUGCCACCCGCUCAUUGCCACCAGGCUUGUACACUCCGGGCCCCCCAAGAGUUCACUGCAAUACGACACAGAGCUGGCCUUUGCUCUUCGCUCCGGCACACAGAAGGGGGUGGAAACUCACUUGUUUAGCGUGACAAUGCCUAGAGAGCUGGCGGAGUGGACCCGGGCAUUAGUAGAUGGAUGUCACAAUGCAGCUGAGCUUAUACAAGAGGUGACUACAGCCUGCACAUGGGGCGGAAAAGAGUGUGCACUCUCUAUACACAUCGACAAAGGAUUCACACUAUUCACAGAGGAGCCUGGACUCAACAGAAUCGUUCACCUUCAUAAACCCUUUGAGAAGCUAAGAAUGUCUUCUGACGACGGUGCCAGGAUGUUGUUUCUGGACUUUGGCAACCCCGAUGGUGAACUUCAACUGGAUCUUCAUUCUUGCCCCAAAACCAUCGUCUUCAUCAUUCACUCGUUCUUGUCAGCCAAGAUGUCUCGCAUGGGUUACCUACCAUAAAGAAGAGCUCCGGGGAUGUCCUACAGAGAACCAAAGUAGUACAUGCACUAAUCCACUCAUAAAUGAAAAGAUCUUCUUGGGUUGCCAUAGCCAUCCCGGAAACAACUGUCAGCUCUGAAAUAGCCGCUGCCACAGUUGUUGCUGUGUAAUACGAUACACUUUAACCCUGUGUUAUCUGGUGCCAAUACCUCUCACAGCAACGUAGUGCCUUACAUGUAGUUUUAUGUAACGGUUUGAUGCACAGAUAUGAAGAGAGCAGGCACUUUAUCGUUCCUGUUUCAUCAAGAAGGAGAUCUCGGUGCCUUCAGCUGUUUUCUUCAAACGUUGUAGAUAGAGCUGUAAUAUACAACACUGGGUCCUAAGCUGUAUUCUUAUUUCUACAUCUGACUUAAAACAUUUUUUUUUGUGCGUUAUAAUUAUAUAUAUAUAUUAUAUAUGUAUAUUCAUAAGAAGAAUUCAAAUAAGAUAUAUUUAGUUUUUAGUAGAGUUGGAAAAAAAAAGAAAUUGAUGAGAUGGUGUCUGUUUUGUUAUUCCACAUUGGUCUAAAGCUG